CCAGUACCACCAGCCCCACCGCUACUACCGCAUAGCCUCUCUGUUGAUCAAGCUCACGCUUAGCUCCUCCUCCUCCUCAAACCUCCGUUAAAGUUUGAGUCUCCGAUUCGAAAGACAGCGACAGAGAAAGAAAAAAAGGUUGAAGAUGACUGAGGCUAUGAUUCGGAACAAGCCCGGCAUGGCCAGCGUCAAGGACAUGCCGGUCCUCCAAGACGGGCCUCCUCCGGGUGGGUUCGCCCCGGUCCGAUACGCUCGCCGGAUCCCCAACAAGGGUCCCAGCGCCAUCGCCCUUUUCCUCACUACCUUUGGAGCAUUCUCUUGGGGUAUGUACCAGGUUGGCCAGGGAAACAAGAUCCGAAGGGCGCUUAAAGAAGAAAAGUAUGCUGCUCGCUCAGCCAUACUGCCAGUGCUGCAAGCUGAGGAAGAUGAAAGAUUUGUCCAUGAGUGGAAGAAGUAUCUUGAAUACGAGGCCGACGUGAUGAAGGAUGUUCCGGGCUGGAAAGUUGGUGAGAAUGUUUACAACUCCGGGAGAUGGAUGCCCCCAGCAACAGGCGAGCUCCGUCCCGAAGUCUGGUGAUGACUCGUAUUGAUUGCAGUUGUUUUUGUCAAUGAUGUUUGAUAAAGGAGUUUCUAUUUCCCUUCAGGCAUGUUUCAGUGUUGCCAUGUCUGUGGCUCUGUUCUUUAGAAAUAAAAGUGCAGCAACAUACCCUUUUACAUGUUUUCAAAAGUAAAACAGAGCUUAUCUUAUUUCAAGUUCCUUGUUAACGAGUAUUUUUGGAUUUAUCACUGAAGGUAAAUGUUUGAUUCACCACCCAAAAUCCACAACGGUUUAUUGAAGAAACGCAAAUAUGUAUGUAUUUGUAGUAAGUAGUGAUGAGAGUUUGAUCA